GUGAAUCAGCGUUCCAGGAAGCUAAAGCCCUACUAGUAUCGCAGGAAGUUCUCACUCACUACGAUCCUGAGCUGCCUCUUCGCCUUGCUUGUGAUGCUUCACCCUAUGGGGUCGGAGCUGUGCUCUCACACAUCAUGCCUGAUGGCGAAGAAAAACCUAUAGCCUACGCAUCACGAACUCUCAACAAAGCGGAACGAAACUAUGCUCAGAUCGAGAGGGAGGCAUUGGCAAUAGUCUUCGUAGUACGCAAGUUCCAUCAGUACCUUUAUGGUAAUAAGUUCACUCUACUCACUGAUCAUCGCCCGUUAACAACCAUUCUGAGUCCAAUGAAAAGUACACCAUCAAUGGCUGCAGCUCGAAUGCAGCGUUGGGCGCUCCUCCUGGCAGCACACAAUUACACCAUUCAAUAUAGGAAAGGUGCAUUGCAUGCCAAUGCCGACGGACUGUCGAGGUUACUGCUCCCUCACACUCCUAUUGAGAAACCAGGGGCAGUGGAAGUAUUCAACACAUCUCAGUUGGACACAUUACCAGUUAGUGACACUGAGAUCAGACGUAACACCAUGUCUGACUCCACGUUGUCUCGUGUUAUGGAAAUGGUGACCACUGGUCGAUUCCCAGCGGCAAAGGACAUGGGUGAAGAGCUGUCGCCCUACCUUCUGCGCCGCCACGAUCUCACAACACAACAGGGAUGCCUCAUGUGGGGUGUUAAAAUGGUUGUACCACCUAAACUACGCCCCAGUGUUCUGAAAGAGCUCCACACAGCACAUCCAGGUGUGGUGAGAAUGAAGAGCUUGGCUCGCAGUUAUGUUUGGUGGCCUGGCAUCGACUCUCAAAUCGAGCUUCAAGCUAGAGCCUGCCACGCAUGUCAGCGUGUACAAAAAGACCCUGGUCUAGCCCCGUUACACCCUUGGAGGUGGCCAUCCAGUCCUUGGGAAGGGAUUGAUGUGGACUUUGCAGGUCCAUUUGAAGGACAUAUGUAUCUGGUCAUUGUGGAUGCACAUUCCAAAUGGCCUGAGGUGCACAUCAUGGACAGCACCACAGCCAGUAACACCAUACAGGUGCUUAGGGGCCUUUUUAGUCGCUAUGGCAUUCCACACGUUCUGGUCAGUGACAAUGGACCUCAGUUCUGUUCUGAAGAAUUCGGCACGUUCCUGAAGUCCAAUGGUGUCAAACACAUCCGUUCAGCACCAUACCAUCCUGCCACCAAUGGCUUGGCGGAGCGUUUCGUGCAGACGUUCAAACAUGCUUUAAAAUCAUCCAGAGGAGCAAUGCCGGUGCAACAACGUCUUGAUACGUUUCUCUUGACAUACCGCAACACCCCCCACGCGACAACAAAAGAGACGCCAGCUAUGUUGUUCGUUGGACGCAAGCUGCGUUCUCGAUUGGAUUUUCUGAAACCCAGUGUGGCUGGAGCGGUGUGCCAGUCACAGGGCGCUCAACAGCAACGCCGUCUCCAACACUCUAAAGAGAGACAGUUUGGGGUUGGGAUGCCAGUUCUCGUGCGUGAUUAUCGGAAGGGGGAGGAUAAGUGGACACAAGGGGUGGUGAUGGAGAAAACUGGACCAGUAUCGUACAAG